UUAGACUUCACUGGUGAGGGUUCGUGAUUUAAUGUUACAGCCCGUCACUGGCAGGCAGUGCACUGAGAGCACUUCAGUCUUCCGUCGGGCGUCGAGUGAAUUGGACCGAUCCUUUAAAGUUUAUUAAGUCGAGUAGUGCAAGUUAUGAGUAGUUUUUCUGGUGACUCGCACCAUCAUUGGGAUAACGCUAACGGUCAUAUGGAGCCCCCGUUUCCGCCGGAAGUUUCGCCGUUCACCCCAAUUUGGGGCCAGGAAAAUCCGUCUCCAAUGGUGCACUAUCCUGAGUUGAUGGCCGCCGGAUUCCCAUGUGCAGAUUUAGCCAUUUGGCCUCGACAACAAGUAGGUAGUUUCGUGGCCCAACGACUAUCGCCCCGAGGUGCACAAGGUGGAUCACAAUCGACAACCAAAAAGACGCGCCGUCGAGUAGCUUCUUUGGCACAGCGAAGGGCUGCCAACAUCCGUGAACGACGGCGUAUGUUUAACCUUAACGAAGCGUUCGACAAGCUGCGGAGGAAGGUACCAACAUUUGCAUACGAGAAACGUUUGUCACGUAUCGAGACGUUACGGUUGGCAAUAACCUACAUCGGAUUCAUGUCGGAACUGCUGAAUGGAACGCCUACCCACGAUGGUCGUUCUCCAGAACUGUACCCGGCUUUGGUUCAUCCACACCACACAAAUCACAUUCAUCCUUCGUUUCAUCAGCGAGAAUAUAUAUCUCCGUAUGGCACCCACACAGGAUAAAUGCUGUGUCCAAGUGCAUAAGCUGAAUUUUAUCGUUUUGUGAUCUAUUGUACUAGUUGAAAUUCUGAGUUCUUCCACCAAAAAAAUAAAUAUUAAGCAAAUCAAUGGGAAUUUAUUGGUACGGCUGCAUUUGA